CCGGGUUGAUCCCAUCGAUCUCCACAACACCCCCACUGCCGCCAUAACACCCAAUUUCAUCCUCUGUUCUGAUACAGUCUUCGUCCAUUCUUUUAACGGUUACUUCCUCAUCCGCUCGCAAUUCUGUUUUCAUACAUCUACGGCAUUUCCGUAAAGCCUUGCUCUCUGUGAUUUCUAUUCCAUGUCAACUUUCUUUGACUGUUCCCGCCGCUGCGGAUGACUGACUUAAUGGACCCUGCCAAACCCCUUCAGCGCUCCAACACCCUGCCUGUGAGGCUGCGUCAUAGCCUAGAUUCCGUGGAUGGCGCGGCUUCGCUUUCCAACGAGGUGUUAUUCCACCACAGCGAUGCCAAAAUCGUGAAAUUCGAACUCCCCAAGUCCGCCCAAAUCCCCCCACCCAGCGAUAUUUCCUCAGAUCUUGACUAUGUGGUCGAUGCUGUCGAGACCCUGCCGUGGCGCCUAUCGACAGAGAGGACAGUGGCCCUGGGUAAUUUGAAAAUCGAACAUGUCCCCGGGUCAACCAUAUUUCUCAAGUCUGGUAACGUCGUGCAGGCUCUGAUGAAGAACUGUCAAUGCUGGUGCGUGGAUGGGGCUUCCAUUUUCGUCAUCAGAAUACGGCGCCUUACCUAUUACCGUAUUGAACUACCAAACGAAACAGAGCAAGAUAAGGAGCAAGUGGAAAAAUUGAAGCAGGUUCUUCGCGCAAUUAUUCGAUAUGAGGUCACUCCUUGUCCCUUCAAGAGGGGCUUUUCAGUCGAGUUGCCCGAAGAUGCGAACACCCCACGGAAGAAGAAAGCAUGGCGACCGAAACUGGACCCAAGCUUUGAACCUAGGAAAUUGAGUUUUGGAGACGCCAGUUCAGAUGGCGUAGGAUGUUGGCGAAGUGAUACAGCGAGCACCCGGGCAGACACCGAGGAUGGAGUGACGUCGGAUGGGAGUGACAACACACCCAGAGCACGCCGUGCCUCCAUAUUCCAUUACCAAGGGUCACCAACGGUAUCGAUUCCUACUAGGACUAGGACUGCCAGAAAUGUUACAGAACCUACCUAUAACUUUGAUUCCAUCAUGGCUAGGUUUCAAGCCCUCCCUGACAGCGAAAGUGAAGCGGAUGGUGAUAACUUGUCCUCAAGCCUGGACUCGUUCCACUCGUUUCAGUCAUCUCAUUCUGACCUUCUUCCGUCGCCUCCAUACUCUGAUCCUCCGUCUCCCCUCGACCCCCAACCUUUUGUCAAUGCAGAACAACCACAGAUCCUCCUCAAACAGACCCAUACCCGUGAAGAUUCCGAGGCUACGGUCGUACCUAAACCCAUCGCCCCAGAGGAGCAUGUUCCAGCUUCGAAAGAGAAUGGAUUCGUAGACUCAGACGCUUCAACCAACCAUGUAACAAAUCUCGCCCGUCACAUGAAUGGAAUAACUACUUCUGCCCUCACCACGGAUCCCGAUUCAACCGCGCGCCAACGCAGUGUUCAAACCCCUAGAAAGCGGGAGAUUUCACCCAUGCUGCCGCUUUCAACCAUAUACAACCCCGAAGAUAAAUCACCAAUCAACAAGAUGACCACAUCAAUCCUUCAGAAAACUUGUUCCAUCAUUGUGGGAACACCGAUUCAAGUGUUAGCUCUUCUCCUACAUAUUGCUGCUCGGAUCGCACACGGAGACGGUCCUCGUGCCGUUAACUCUGCUGAAUCAACCUAUGAUUGUGAUCCCUCUGAUUCAGAUGAUGAUAUCUGGAGUGAAGAUGACUUUGGCGUCCCCCUGUCAGCAGCUGUUUCAGCAAAUGCAGACGACUCCAGCCCCGAAGCCGGCCAUAUUGACCUAUGGGAGGACGAGCUAGACUGAUAAUAUCAAUCGACCAUGUACACCACCUCCUAGGUUGGUCUAAAGCGCUUCUCUUCUCGAUUUAUACCCUUUAUUGAAACUACAUAAUGCAUUUUAAUGUGCGAAUGGAUAUUGCUAGAGCUGUCGUCGCUUGACAUGUUAGUCUUUUGUUUUAACUGGCGAAUGGGAAUAUGGAUGGAGGGUUACUCUUUGGCGGAUAAGUAAGUACGGUCUGGCUUAUAGGCGAGUAUUUUAACGGGAGCUCUUGUGAUUUUCUGCCAGCUGAAUUGAUUUACGGCCUUUUUCUCAUGACAUGCAUUCUGUAUAUGCAUAAGCGUUCAUUUCCUUUGUCCUUCUUUAAUUUCUUUGAUAUUACUGGAUUAUUAUCAUGAUCUGCCUCUAUGUACUUUUCUAUGUUUGUAUUAGGAUGCGGCGUUUCUUAAGAGUUAAGAUUUAUUUGUCUGUAAGAUUCCACUAUCUCAUGCUAUGUGGGUAUAUUUCAUAUUGCUGAAAAUGGGUCGAAUACAUUUUCAGUCUACGUCAGAAUCUCAACUCCACACUAAAAGUUCUAUAUUCAGAGCUCCCGCCCUUGGAUCCCCGUUUAUCUCAAUAAAAUGAAACAUCACAAUUCCAAUACAAACUAAGCAAAUCAUAACCCCUCAAGAAAAUAAACCCCCAUAACGCCAGACAACCAAAUGUAAGCUGGCAUAAUCUCAAGAACCCUCUGCCACAUGUGACUAACCCCCUCCCAUACCGUAAGGCGCAAUCCCGGUUCUACGCCUUCCCCUUUCCCCCCUUCCCCUUCCCCUUCUUUCUCCCACUUCGAUCCCUCCUCUUCAUCCCCACCAUCCCCAUCUUACAGACCUCCGCAUAUCGCACAAAAAACCCUUCAAUGUCAUCCGGUUGUACGACGGUUGACACCUUUGACUUGGCCUCUUUGUGCCGGCCGUUUGUGGCGCGGACAAGGACAGGCACGGGUGCUAGUGCGGGCGACGCUGAUAUUGAUGGGGUCGCUUCUGACUGUGAGGAGGAGGAGGAGGUGGUGGUGGUGGUGGUGAUUGGAGUUGUGCCGAAGGGAGGUAACCGCUUUUGCGUGAGGAAUAUGGAGCCGCGCGCUUUUGUGGACUGUGUUGUGAGGAGGGCUUUUAGGGCCGUGAAGAACUGUGGUUAGUUUUGCAUUGGUUAGGUCUUUAGCUCUUCCUUUCAUGUAUUUAUGUGAGAGAGGGAGUUCGUAUGGUGAAUAUACGGACCUCAUCAUUAGAGACGUGCGGGCUGGACAUCUUGGGCUGCAAUAUAUAUGUGGGCGGAGUGUGAGGGGAGCUGAUCUUGUGAGAGCUAAUCUUGUGAGAUUUUAUCGGAUUUCUUGCGAGAUUAUAUGUUCUUCUACUUGAGGGAUAUAUGUAUAGUUUAUAAUAUCAGAUACGCAAGUAAUGUCCACAUCGGGGGUCGUGAGUUCCGCCGUCUGUACAAAACCACCAUGAGGUGCUGAUGUAUUCCCCAAAUCGGACUUUCGUGGGGUUGUAGCAGAACCUCCGCAC